UCCCAUCCACAUCCACAUCCACAUCCACAUCCACAUCCACAUCCACCUCUCCACCCUCCAACAAAUCCAUCCGACCUUCCGCAAACCCUAAAUUCAUAUUCAAGAGGAGAGAGAAGAAAAAAAAGGGAAUCCUUCGUUAUUCGACCUCCAAUCGCACCCUUUGCCAAUAAACUCCUACAAUUCACACUCGUUCACUCGCUCACCCUUCCUUCGAUUGAUCGACUUCCUUAUACGACCUUCACUUUUUGGUCACCCGCGAUCGUUUCUAGAAUCCCUACUGACUUCCAAACCCACCUCUAAAAGAUCUCAACGCCACACUCUUGACGUUUCACCAUUGGGUCACACCUUAUUCAUACACAUAACGAACCAAACACAACAGACAGCCGUUGAUUCAUUUUUUUUAUUUUUUUUGGCCUAUCCAUCCAUUUGAUAGACUAGCAUAUCCCCAGUCUCCAUCGACAUCCAAUAUUCUCUUCUGCUGAGACCCCCGCUCGCAGUGCAUGAAUUGAUCCAACCUUUUCGCAAACUAUCCGUCCUCUUUUUUCAUUCCACGACAGAUUUAAGUCAUUCGCUCCUUGGCUCCUGUUAAGGAGCCUUAAACACCGCCGAAGUGGCUUUCAGCAAAGACUCUCGAAAGUCCCUGCUUUCUCUUGGUCAGGGACCAUAUGAACAGGACGCUGGAGGUUAUUUCCAUCGUGAAGGACUCGCAUCAGGACCCAACGCGAUAUCAGCAGCAAGAAAAGAGAAGAUGUAUCUCCCAAAUACCCCAUGGACAUGGGCCUUCAUGAUUGCCGCAACUGUACAAGCCGCUACAGUUCUAGCAAUCGAAUCAUAUGUGUUCGCAAAAUUCCAAACCAGUCUGGUCGAAGGCAAAGAACAAAUAGCUCUCGAUAAAACAAUUCCAACCUACCUUACUCUAUUCAUUUUCGGUUUCCUUUAUCAAGUUGUUCUAGUAUACGAUUCUUUACGACUCAAAAACACAAUUCAGGUUAUCGGUCUUUGCAUGUACAAUGGCGGAAUGCUAAUAUAUGCCUCCAUUCAAUACGAUCAAAUUCAAACAGCGAUUGAAUCUUUAGGCCUGCUUGGUUAUGUGGAUAAGGACGCAGAUGUCUGGCCGGAUGUGCAAGGGUUUUUGGUCGCAGUUCCAUGUAUCAUCGCUUUCUUCUCCAUAUUGAUGUCGUUCAUAGCCUGGAAACUUUAUGACGAAUUUGCCUGGACGAUUUACAAGCAUAUUAGCGCUGAUUUGCGUAUGAAGCGCAGAUUCUUGACCUACCAAAUUUACAUUGCCCUGUUGAAAUUCGAUUUCUUCUUCUUCUUGGGAUUCACAGUUCAAUUUCUAGUUAUCGUUACACACGUACAAGAUUUCGAAUUCGGUUUGACAAUAGCCGCCAUUCCCGUUACCAUCUUCAUUUUGUUCAUGGCCGCCUUCUGGACUCGACGUGAAAACAAAUCAGGAAUGCUCUCAGCCAUCUUCAUCUUCCAUUGUGGUCUGGCUUACUUCAUCUUCAAACUGGCUCGAAUGUACCAACCGGCCAGAGCUGCAGACUAUCUGCCAGUUCGUAAAAACUUGACCAGUUUCGCCGUCAUCACAAUCAUCUUGAUUAUCCUCACAAUCGUAAACGCUUCGUUAUGUACGGCAAACUUCAACAAAGGUCUAAAGCCGCAUUUGAGAAAACGCAAGAUCGGUAGUGAAGAGGAGAAGAUUGAUCACAUGACUGAAUUACCGGAUCUCAAUAAUUCUCACAAACAAACGAAUCGAAUGACAAUAGAUUAAACCAACAAAAAAAUUGUGGAUAAAAAAGCGGCAUAUAACUUCAAGACAUCUGAUUGUAUAUCUCGGAAUUGGAUCAAGGUUGUUUUGGACGGAGUGUACACUGGGACGACUAUGACAUUGGGUUUUUCUUUUUCUUUCUUGUCACUUUUUCUUUAUUCCCUUUUUCUUUUUUUUUUAUGCGACUUUUAUUGAAAUAGUCCUUUUUGAGCGAAGAUAUUUGAGCUUGCCUUGUCUUGGUCAAUACGGCUGGCAGGCAGGUAAAGGCAAUCGAGGAAUCGAAACCUCACUUCAUACCCGGAAUCGAUGGAUAUUGGUUGGUUGGCGUUUGAAGGGGCGUACUAUGUGGAUUUUUGUGUUAGGAAUGGCGCAAGUGUUUGCAAGGCAAGAUUCACAUAGAAUCAUGUGAUGGUUGGAUGAUUACUCUUUAGAUCUUUUAUUCUGGAUUGGAUCGACUUGCUGAGCAGGAAAUCCUUUUGGCGGAGAGAGAAAGAGUCAGAAAGUACGGCAGCAUAGCAUUCAGUAGCUUGCGAUUUGAUGUUUGCAUAUGAAAUCGCUAGCGAAGCGAAAGAGAUCUUUUGUGGAUGUAAAAGUGGAAGGAAGUGGGGAAAUGGGGGAAGUGAAUGAAAAUUAUGGUCUUCAAUAUAUGUCUAAUGAUUUUUUGU